ACCACCAAUAGGCCCUGGAGGUUGAUCGUAAGCAGAAAAAAUGGCGGGGAAGUAGUAAAUUGGCUGCGUAGCGCACGCGAGGUUGGAAGUGGGAAUGCGCAAGACUCGAGGGGCAAUCUUCUACACGAUCCUGUUUUCUUCUAACUUCCCACGACAAGCCAGUAAACCUUGUGAUCUGUUUGGGCAAAGCCUGUUCUGUCGACUUUCAAGGCAAAUCCCAACAUCGAAGACGGAGGAGAGACUUGAAAGCUGCGGGAGAUUUAUAUUUCUCUCUGUAAUCUCCAGAUUCUCAACACUCUUGCUUUCCGAUGACAAGCCGAGUUACUCGGUCAAGAAGACUAGCAGCUCAGCAGCCAGAGCAACAAUCCAGGGCUAGGUGGACAAUGUUCUUGACGAAGGUACUGGUAGACCUGUUGGUUGACCAGGUUCGUAAAGGGAAUAGACUAAACAAUGCUUUCAACAAGAAAGCUUGGGUACUUUUGUGUGAUGAUUUCUAUAAGAAAACAGGACUGAGAUGGGACAAGGAGCAGCUCAAGAAUAGGUUUGCAGUUUUGCGGCGGCAAUAUGUUGUUGUUAAGUCUCUUCUGGAUCUGACUGACUUCAGUUGGGAUGAAUCGACGGGGAUGGUUAUGGGCAAGGAUGAAGCUUGGACGGAAUACAUCAAGGUGCAUCCUGAUGCUGAAAGCAUUAGAACUAGUGGCUGCCCAAUCUAUGGACAGCUAUGCACAAUAUUCUCAGAGCCAGCAACCAAUGGGAAGCAUGAGAUAUCAGUGGAGCUUGAGGAAGAAAAGGAAGAAAAUCCUUCCUCACUUCCUUGUGCAGAAACCUUGACCAUGAUCCCGGCAGAGUCAUCAUCAGAAUAUGAGGAAGUGGACGACAUGGCAGACAAUCAAGGCACAAAUCAACCUACCGCACCUGGUAUAAUAGGUAAUCGCAAAAGAGGCCGCAAGGGAAUUGAUGAUGCUAUUGCUGGAGCCAUGUUGGAAAUGGCUGCUGCUUCAAAGUUGAGAACAGCUGCCGUGAAGCAAUUAAAUGCCAGAUUUCCUAUAGCUGACUGUGUCAAAGAAUUGGAUGAGCUAAAAGGUGUGGACGAGCAUGUUUAUUUUGGUGCUCUCGAUUUGUUUGAUAACCCUAGCUCAAGGGAGACGUUCUUGUCGUUGAAACGGAACAAACGGCUGGCUUGGUUGCAGUGGAAGUGUAGUGCUUCAUCCAAUACCCUACAUUGAUGGUGGAACAACCAUCCUGUAUCUCCACGGGGUGGGUCCAAGAUAUGCUUCAGGUUUGUUCUUCUUACAAAACAAUUAAGGUAGAGAAUGAAUGGAAGCACAACGGUGAGGCAGAUGACUUUGAAGUAUCUGUGGUUUCUUUCUCUCAGGUUUAUUCAUGGAUUAAUCUGAG